GUAAGGACCAGUCCGUUGAACGCUCUGCAAAGCGCAAGUUGCCGUUCCUGCUGCUCGCUUGGAUUUUUCUGCCAACCACCUGUAGGAAAAAACCUGAAUGCCAUUCAAUUUUGGUUGGAAUUACUUUUUCAUUUAGGAUUAUUCAUAUUAGAAAAAUACAAGCCCAGAUGACUCCCUGAGAGCUGCAGAACACCAUCUGCAUGGAAUUCCGGACUGCACCCCGCACCCUUCUACUCUGCCUCGUCCUCCUCGCAUCUUUCUUCUCCUACGCUAAAGGUGCUCCCACAUUGGAAGCCACCCCCCUCGAGCCUCUGCUGGCGGUGGCCGGGGACUCCGUACUGAUAGACUGCGUAGUGAAGAAUUUGCAAAAUUACACGAUAAUAUGGAGGAGAGUUGUUCCGGGAUCCAACAAGACAGAAAUUUUGAGCGCCGGUGAGGUUCGGAUCAUUCCUGACUCAAGGUUCUCCCUGCUGCAUCAGAAAGAUCACGAGACAUGGGUGCUCCAAAUCCAGAAAGCUCAGGUGAACGAUUCCGGACGCUACAUCUGCGAAGUGAACACCAGUCCGAGGAUGCAGAUUUACAGACUGCUCUCAGUGGUGGAACGAAUUCCUACGAACAGCAAAGCUUUUCCAGUGGACCACAACUACACAGGUUGCUGCGUAAACCACGGCGUCCCUGCUUCCUGUCAAGAAUUCUGCAGUCUUCAGUCUGUGAUAAUGGGGGGACACCCCAACCCUUGGCAAUGUAUGGACCACUUGCCUGUGAUAACCAAGUGUCUGACAGACGGGCGCAACCACAUGCCGUGCUGCGUGAAACAGAACAUUCCCGAAGUGUGUCGCUCCGUGUGCACAGGAGAUUACGGCUUGACGACGGUGUUGCAGCACUAUUCUUGCAUGGACCAUACCCUUCCGACGCUCACUUGCAUCGCUGAAGGAAUAGAAUUACUACCUGGCCCUCCCCAGGAGGUUUCCGUGGAAGUUCUGUCUGAUACAGAACUCAAGGUCAAAUGGAUUCCGCCGCACCAAGAAGUUGCAGUGGAGAAAUACCACAUCAAUGUGACGUUGGUGAAGGAACUAAGCGAUCUGCAGAAACUUGAAUCAGGAAUGAAUGAUCAAAAAAAGAUGACGAAACUAGACCCAAAGAAGACAGGCUCUGUGAAAUCCUUCAUGAUGGUUAUGGUGGACGGCAACAAGACGAGUUAUGUAGUAAGCGGUCUGCAACCGGUGACCAUGUACGAAGUGCAAGUCACGUCGGAGAACUCUCACGGCAGCAGCUUGCCCACGUCUUCCGUGCGCGUGCUGACGCUGUCUGCGCCCAAAGGAAACAUGGUGGCUAAUGCGUCGGAAGCCUACUUUGCCCACCUGCCCAACAUCACUAAGUGCUGCCAGAAGAAAGGUGUUCCCGAAGGAAAGUGCUUGAAGAGCUUGUGCGAUCCCUCAGAUGACGAAGACACGAAAUUAUCCGACGUGCUGAUGUGUGCUCCGUUCGUCAAUAUCACCUUCGAGUGUAUGGCCGGUGGUGCUGACCACAGUCAGUGCUGUCAGCAGAGGGGUUUGCCGGAUAUCUGCUUGGACUUCUGCCGGGGUAACGUCACCCAGCUGGACUAUCGUCACUUCAUCUGUUUAGAUCACAUCGACAUUUAUGGCAACUGCCUGUUGGAGUACUACAAAGUGCUACCCGGGGCGCCGGAGCAAUUUUUGGUGUCGAUGGUUCACUCCAGGUGGGCAGUGCUCAAGUGGAGUCCGCCCAGCAUGCUUCCAGAGAGUGUGCUGAGUUACGUCCUCUACUGGAAAGAAGUGGCAAUGGAUGAAAUCAUUGAGUACAAUGUUGUCAAUGAUGUGAAAUCACCUCAUUUGCUGGAUAAUUUACAACCGCAGACAAGGUACGAGGUGUAUGUGGCUGCAAGAAACGCGUUUGGUUUGAGUAGAGGAUCUGUGCGAGCCGUCUUCACGACGACCCCCGAGAUGAACCGUACCGAAAAGGCGGAGGAGAAGUAUUCCGCAUACAACGAGACCGCAUGUUGCGUCGCCGCCGGACUCAAGACGUCCUGCCUUGACCUCUGCACCUACAACAUGAAGAUGUCCGACUUGCAGUUAUUGGCCAUCCCCUGCGCCAAUCAGCUGGAGAUCCUGGUACGAUGUGGAGCCGGUGGUAGGGACCAUAGCUCUUGUUGCCAGCGUAGAGGCAUCCGCUGGGAAUGCCUGCCCAUCUGCUCUGCUGUUCUGGACAUGAGUCCGCAGGCCGUAGUCAGCACGUGCAUUGGCGAUGCCGGGAAGAUAAUACAGUGUAUGGCCGAAGGAAUUGCACAGCUUCCUGAAGCACCGGAAGAUCUUCACACGAUCAGCGUGCUGCCGACGAGGAUUCACGUCAAGUGGAAUUACCGCAACACGACGGAUGAACCGGUCUGGUUUGAAGUUCGAUACACGGAGACACAAGAGAAAAUACCGCCCCAUCCUUUGGAUUAUGGAUACGUUGAAAACACGACGGAGAACAAUUUUGCUCUGAAAGAGCUCAAGAGCGACGCUUACUACAGCAUCUACGUGGUGAGCGUGAACGAGUUCGGCUCCUCUCUGCCGUCGCUCGUUCUCCUCGUUCACACGCCGGAGAGAGACGAGAUUUACAACGAAACGAUUGAAGCAUCACUGGGGCCACCUCAUUCGCUGGAAGUCACCCAUCAAACAAUGGACAGUGUCUCCGUCAGCUGGCGAUCUCCCUUCCACGUGCCAGCCAACUCCUCCCUCGCCUACCUGGUUUUCUACAAACCCGUCAAUAACAGCGGAGACAUCGAAGAUUCCCCCCUCAAGGUGGCCACUGUCCUUAACCAUUUAACCCUCAUUAAUCUGACAGUGAACACCCAAUAUGCCGUCGCUGUGCAGGCAAGAACUGGCCACCAGGAAAGUCCUUUGUCCGAGAUAGUACUGGCAUGGACCGAUCCGGCUAUUCCAGCUUUCGUCAAUCCCCCCGUUGUUGUUCCCCCUGAGCCCAUAGUGGAAGGUGCGAACGUGACUCUUCUCUGUGUUGCAACAGGCAUGCCCGUGCCCGUCGUGUCUCUGUUCCUCAAUGGGCAGCUCAUGGUGCAGCAGCAACAGAGUCACGUGGCGCUCGUAGUGCCUAACAUUCAGCACAAUGUGACUAAGGUGGAUUGCUUUGCAGACAACGGGCUAGGGCAAGGGGCGCAGAGUUCCACCUCUCUGGAAGUGAGUUUCAUGCCUCAUGUGGAGAUGAUGGACAAGCGCAUCCCAGCCGAAGAAGGUAGCAUGAUCACUAUCCGCUGUCUGGUCACCGGUCAUCCAGAACCAAGGGUACUGUGGUACAGGGACCGAAAGCUGAGAGAUCCUCUGAAGAAAGGUCAAGACUACGAUUUCAGUAUCAAACCGAGCAAAGAAAAUUUGUACUCGUACACGGCAAGCCUGACUAUCCAGCAUGUUUCCACCUCCCAUGAAGGCCAGUACUUCUGCUAUGCUGAAAACCAGCUCGGAAAAGACACUGUCUUUGUGAAUCUUGAUGUCUUGCCUAAAUUAUACAGCAAUGCUUCUGCGUGUUGCCUGGAGAAGAAAGUGAGUGAAGAAUGCCGAGACGCCUGCAGCGUAGACAUCGACAUUCAGCAAGCACUUUCCGACCCCAAGUGCUUCAAAGAUCUCGAUAAACUUAUGUACUGCGCCGCAGACGGGAGCGACCACCGGAAGUGCUGCCGCGACAAUGGCAUUCAGCGCAGCUGCCUUCGCUGGUGUCAGGGGCGACCCAUCAUUAACACGCAGCUGUGCAUCCUACACGCCUCGAAGAUCGUCAGCUGCUUCGAGGAAGGAAAAGCCGUCCUUCCCGGGCCCCCUACAAACAUACAGUAUCGCAGAGUGGGAAACGACCUGGAGAUCUCGUGGGAUACGCCGCAGAAGAACCCCAAAGUCGUCCAGUGGUAUAAAAUAUUCUGGAGACCUGUUGGAUCUCGAGUUAUGUACAGGAACCACACGAAGCAGCGCUCUAUCUCUCUGCACGACCUGGAGUCUGGAACCACCUACGAGGUCGUCGUGAAAGCCGGAAACCACUACGGAAUAAGUCUGCAUUCGGAACCACUGCUCUUCACAGUUGCAGACUCCAUCAAUCCCGUGGCUAAGACGACAGCAGCUGUGAUCGGGACGGUCAUUUUCCUCAUCCUGAUUGGCGGCUUGGGAAUCUUCUUUUACCAGCGAUCACGUCUCAUGAAGCCACCGCCCGGAAUUUCACCCGGAGUAUCCUUUGAGAAUCCCACUUACAUGAAAGAUAACCUACCACAGACCCAUAACAGUCCCACAGGGGCAAUAGCUGACCAUCAGAAUGGCGACACCAAGAGAGACAAUUCAUCAAAAGCAGAUUCUUCCACCUCUUAAGUGAGAUAAAGCCUGAAAGCUGAGGAGACGUAAAGAGGAAAGGCAGAACAGCAAACAACCUUCUAGAGGUCAAAACAGUGCCUGCAACAAGCAUGUAAAUUGUAAACUAAAAAUGUAUAUAAAAAUGUGAAUGUAGCAAAGCUAUGGCCAUUCAACAAGAACAGACAAUUUUUAUUAAGAUGACUGAAACCAUCUUAAUAAACAUAAAAUUCUGUUUAGAAAGAACUGAAGUGAAAAUUGUGAUGUAAUUAUGAAGAAUAUUUAAACACAAAAAAACUAAUUCAAUCUAAUUUUAAAAACUAAAUAUUUUCUGCGUUUAUUAUUUUGUAUCAAGAAUAGAUUUAUCAAAAAUACGUGAAAACAAAUUUUAAUCCAUUUCUAGUGAAAUAAAUAAAACAAUAACAGAAAGUUUAUUUUUUUUAGUUGAAAAUGACAAAUGUUGGCUUUAAAACACAUCCUAGAUUUAAUUUUACACAUGUACUUCAAAAUGUUUAUUAUAUAUGCCAAAUUAAGAUUUUUCUUUAAAAAAAAGCACGAAAUUCUCUAACAAU